AUGAGUAGAGAAUUAAGAACAAAAAAUAUUGAAAGUCCUGCAGAUGGUUUUAGAUACAUCGAGCAUGUUUUACAAUCACAAGAUACACUUCAAGGUUUAGCUUUGAAAUACAGUUCCACAGUUGGGGAUAUAAAAAGAGUGAACAAGAUUUGGAAAGAUGAUACACUGUUUUUAAAGAAGAGUUUAUUCAUUCCCAUUAAAAUAGAUGAAGACAGCGAAGAGGGAUCAUCAUCUUCCUCUUCAUUAUCUUCAUCGGGAAUUAGUGAUAUUGGUAGUAGCAGUAGUAAUAGUAAUAAUAGUAUUGGAUAUGUAGAGGCAAGUGACUUUGAUGAAUAUAAACAGAAGAGAGACAUGAUCAAAGCAAAGAAUGUCGAUUUCUUCUCAGAGUUUAAUAGCAAGAGUAAUUACAAUCUCAACAACGUAUUGAAUAAUAAGCCACUGCCAUCCGGAGAUGAUGAUCACAAAUGGAAGUCAGUGCCAAUCUCUAUUCUCAGUCUUUCACCGGUUAUUUUUACAAUGGAACUGUCAGAGUUUAAAUGUUGUUUAAUUGGUGAUGAUAAGGUUGGUAAAACUAGUUUAUUGAAAUCAUAUUCAGAAGAUCAAUUCACAAGUGAAAAUAUACCUGUGAUAGUAGAUAACUAUUAUAAACAUCUAGUUGUAGAUGGUAAUGAAAUCAAGUUAGGUGUAUGGGAUACAGCUUGUACUGCAGAAUAUGAUCUACUUAGACCAUUAUCAUAUAGUGGCGCCAAUGUAUUUCUUCUUUGUUUUUCAGUUAUUUCUGUUGAAUCUUUACAAAAUAUAAGUAAUAAGUGGAUACCGGAAGUCAACAAACAUCAACCUAGCGUACCAUUUAUUUUGGUAGGAACUAAAAUAGAUUUACGAAAUGAGUUUGAAAGAAAUGAUAAGCAAGUGAUCACACAUGACCAAGGAACAAGAAUAGCUCAAGAACUCGGUGCAAUUAACUAUCUCGAGUGUUCGGCAUUAACACUCGAAGGUUUGGUCUCAGUUUUCGAAGAGUCUAUUCAGAGCACUGGCAGAUUGCUACUAAACAAAAAUACUACCCACAACACCAAAGACAACAAAAAAUCAGAUCAAAUCGUUUGUCAAAUUAUUUAUCAGUCGUUUGUAAUUAAAAAUUGUAAUAGAGAUGAUGAUACUGGAAAAACCAGUUUCGUUUUAACUUUUGCAAGAAAUAAAUUCCCAACAACAGAAAAAGUUCCUAAAGUAUUUGAUGGUUAUCAUAGAGAGAUUACAUUUGAAAAGCGACUAAGAGCUUUGAAAAUAUGGGAUACCAGUGCUGAAGGAGAGAAUGCUGACACUACCCCAAGGCCAAGAUUAUACAGAUUCUGCAAAGUGUUCUUGGUUUGCUUUAAUAUUGGAUCUUUAGCUUCAUUUGAGAAUGCUGAGAAAAGAUGGGUACAUGAAGUAAAUCAUUAUAGACCAACUAUACCUGUAUCUUAG